AUGCCGCCCAAAAACCAAGCUCCCGAAAGAGUACAACCCCAAAGAGACGUGAAGAGAAAGCCGAGACCGAAGCCGCCGUCACCUCAAAAGAAGAAGGCAACUUCGGGAAAGGGAGCAUCGAAGAAGAAGAAGACGAAGGCAAAAUUGCCAACAUCAUCUCCUCCUCCUCCUCCUCCUCCUCCUCCUCCUCCGCCGUCACCGCCGCAGCCUCCUGUUGUCGCCGUCGAUCCGCACCGCCCAUAUCGAUAUAUUGGAGUGCACGUCCCUUUCAAGGAUGAAGAUCCCGACCGUCAGUGGACGUCAGAUCCUAGAAUCUCAGCGAAGGGUUUCAUAUUCGUACGCGAAUUUAUAAGUCAAAACUGGACCUACUUAGUACAAUCCGUAGAGACUGGGAAACUCUAUAUUAAUAAGAUUGUGAAACCACCUACUCACAGUAAUCUUGAGUUGAUACGUCAGAAUCGUCUUGCGGGCGAACCUUGUGAAGAGCUUCGGAUAUCUACCGCACUGCAGGCCGAGGCCAUAUUGCCAGUCCCUUCAGUUAUACGUGGCGUUUGUAGAACAUAUUUCAACGAGUUGGUUUUAUGGCAAGAUCUUGGAAGUGGGACUCAAUCGUUGUAUUUUAAUUACUACAAUGGUGGUACCAUUGAACAUUUGCGAAACACGUAUCGAGCGCGGAGGCGGCCUAUCCCUGAAGGCUUCAUAUGGCACGUGUUGUUAACACUAUUUGAGGCUGUACGAUUCUUACAGACAGGAUGCCACCCUGUCCGCAAUACUGAUCCUCCUCUUUGGGACAAAAUCUAUCACCGCAACAUUGCUGUAAACAAUGUUUUUAUUCACUACAUCGAAAGACCAACAUCGGAAUUCGAGCCUCCAGAGGGCUUCGAAUCAAAUGCAUUUCCUGAGGUUGUGAUAGGAGAUUUUGGGGACGGGUGUAUAGAAGCAGACCCUCCAGGAAAGGUCCGAUUCGGCUGUUGGGAUACUGAUGAAUACGCAGAAUGGCAAGAUACAUAUGGUGUCUUUCAAUUAGUUAAAGACCUGUGUCUGUGUCAUAUCCCUUGGGGCGAGCCAGACUAUGACCCUAUUUUUAGUCCAGAAUUGGUAUCCUGUGACGAGAUCAACAGCAUGAUGUCCAAUCCCGAAGACGGAUAUUCCAAAACGCUGCUUGACACACUGAAAGCGUGGGAGUAUAGAAACUGCAAGAACAGCGGAAUCAAUGAUUCACAAAAGGAUGACUCUAGGGUCGACGUUCUGAACUGGCAACUUAUACCAAAGAUGGACUACAUCAUCAACACUGUUCUGCCACUGGCGAGGUCUCAAGUUUGGAAAUGGCGCCGACCACGCGAUAGACCCGCAGAUUGGUUUCGAUCAAUCGACGUUUCCUGGACAAAGCCAAACCACAUAUUGCCGUAUGAAUGGCUACCAUUGGAAAGCGAUCCUGUAGACGAAACCAUUGUUCGCGAAAUCGUGUUCUCCAGCCCUAACCGUGGGGACGACGAUGACUAUACUGGUGGUGAUAACGGAGACUAUGAUUCGCCCCACAGCAGUGAACCCUCGAUUCAUUCACUCAUUAUACGUCAUGGUGGACCAGCCGCCCAUCAAGCAACUGCCGAUGGUGAUCAAGGCGGAGAUGAUGAUGCAGAUGGCCCUCAGAGCGACGGCGGGGACAGUAACGACUACAGCAGCUACACGCCUUUGACAUUCAGAACACCCCCUCCACCCCCACCGUUUGACCAUGUUGAGAGGACCAAAAUCAAUUUACAGUUAUCCUCAGAGAGAGAUUUCCCUGAAUUCCGACUGCCAUGUAGGCUAGUUAUGCUGGAAUUCGGAGUACCGAAGAUGUCAGACAUACGGACUCCCCCGCUUGGGCGUGCUCCUGAACCUCCAAACUCACCAGCCUUUUCACUCCCGUCCCCUGGGGACAGCCUCAAUUUGACCCCUCCCCCAAAAUUGUAUAAGCCCAAUUCGGCGGAGGAAGAUUCCGGCGAGUCAAGUGGGAGCGAUCACGAUAGUGGCGGUGCGGGAGGAGGGGGAGGGGGAAGAGAAGGCAGAGGAGGUAGAGGAAGCGGUGGUAAUCGCGGUGGACGUGGUGGCAAACCCGGAAAUACUCCUAAACCGCCAACACCUCCUCCAACAGGUCGUCGUAACCCGGGCCGGCAGAGUAGAUAUGGCGGCAACUACAAAGAUUUAAUAAAUGCAGGUGGAGGUAACCAAGAAAUACCGGAUACGCUCAAGCGAGCCUACGAUAUCGCUUUCACGAACACAACAUUCACGAAGGAUUCGAAGUAA